CUUAUUAUUAUUUUUUUUGCAGGUUUCACACAGCACGCUUCAUUUUUCUCGUUGCGUUGGUAGCGGUUGUGUGUAUACGUUCGAUCUUCUUUCACUUAUUUUAUUCACGGAAGGACUUUAUUCGUCUUACUGGGCAUAUUUACAGAAGUACAUGUGUUGCGACGUAAAACCUGGUUUUGUACUAAAGCUGAUCGUAGACACUCAAAAACCUUUAUUCCAUUGAAGACAACAACGCAAGUACAAUGUCACAGGCCACCAAAAGAAAGCAUGUUGUGAAGGAGGUCAUGGGUGAUUAUGUUAUUCCUACACAGCAGCAACAGAUUGUAAGGGUAUUGGGCACACCUGGUAAUAAUCUUCAUGAAGUUGAAACUGCAAAGGGGGAGCGUUUUUUGGUGAGCAUGCCAACAAAGUUCCGAAAAAACAUUUGGAUCAAGAGAGGUGAUUUCCUCAUUGUGGAUCCAAUUGAGGAGGGAGAUAAAGUAAAGGCAGAAAUAAGCUUUAUUUUGUAUAAAGACCACAUCCGUCACUUGAUAAAAGAGGGAGCUUGGCCUGAAGGAUUUUCAGAGAAUUUGCAGAAUGGAUCCUCUCAAAAUGGACAUAAACAAGCAGAUAACACCAGAACAAGUUCUGAAGAUGAUGUCCAGACUGAUGAUACAGAGUCCGAGCCGGAUGACAGUGACCUUUUUGUUAACACAAACCGAAUCAAUUAUGAGUACUCUGACAGUGAAGAAGACUCAAAUGAAGAGGAUACCGAAGAUGAGGAAGAAAGGCAAGAAGAGGAGGCAAAAUAAGUAAAUUAUAUAGAUUAGGUCCUGCAAUAUGAUUGUGGGUAUUGGAGCCGCUCAUUUUACUUUGCUUAUCCAGGACUCGCAAGAACUUCAUGCUUGCCCAAGAUUUAGUGAUGAUGUCCAUUAUAUUAUCAUUGAAACCACUCACAAAUAAUCCUUUCUGUAUGCACAUUAUUUCAGUUUUAUCUCAAUCUGAUGGCCAGAUAACUGUCUUGUUAAUUUCUCGAAGAGAAAAGUGUAUAUUCUGUAUAUAAAUAUAUUUCAAAGUAAAUGUACUUUCUGUCUGUAACAGACAAAAUGUUAAUGAAUUAAAGU